UGAUGUGAGGUGACCAUGAACCAGGCACUGAUCGGUGGAGACAGAGUGAGGUCAGCGUACUUGGGCACAACAAGAGGGGGACAUUUCUGUCACGGGAAACACUCCUGCGAUGUGUGUUGGUGCUUACAAGUUACCCCCGCCGCCCCGCGGGCAGCGCCCCGUCCUCCCCCGUCCCCUCCCUCCCGCCACUGGGCGCCGCCGCGCAGGCCCCGCCGCCCGCCUCCUCCGCCCCCCCCGGAAGGCGUCCGCGCCGUGCCCCGGAAGCGGUGGCGGGCGGGGUCCGGCGCAGCGCGAGGCCCUGCGGCUGCCGGGUGGCGCUGCCGUUACCGCGGGACGCGGGGCCCGGCCCGGCCCGGCCCCGGCUCGGCGCUGGCGGCGGCCGCCGGAGGAGCGUGUUACUCAGAGCUCUUGGAUCUUUCAACCAUGCUGGUGGCAUCCACGUACAAGAGCAAGGCAACUGACACACCUGAGGAAAACCAAACUGCAAUACCACCAGUGACCUGCGUAACCAGUUCCACUCCCCUUUUCUGUGGAUGUCACAGGACUAAGAGCAGAAUUAAUACUGUUAAAUCGACGUGGGUCACAGGCAAGAGCAACUGAUCUGCUGAGUACAAGCCUCAUGAUAAACCCCACAAUGUUGGUCCCUUCUUGUAAGAAUCCAGGAACUGGAACAAGGCAGAUCUAUGAACCAAACCUGAAAUACAUUAGGACAGUGAAAUGAAGACUUAUGGAAAUACAAGCUGUGGUAGGUAUAUUUGAUGCAGUUCAAGUUCAUUUUCUCUUCAAAGAUUACAAAUUGUUCCAAAAUACUUUUAUAACCUUCAAAAUUUUCAAUAAAAAAUAGGUGUUAACCUGAAAAUUGUGA